UAUUCAUUUUAUAUAGAAGCAGUUUGAAAAUGUCGUAUAUUUUUUGGUUCUUAAAUUUUACUGGAUUUUUUGCAUUACGUACAGUUGAUGGAUUCAGUAGAGAAUGCGAUUUCAAUCAAACGAUAUUUACACCAGAGGGAACAACAGCAACUUUUCUGUACAACGUCACUGACUUCCUAUCAUUUGAAAUACGUAUGGAAAAGGUGUCGGGAUCAGCUAAAGGAAAUCUUUUCAAGGUUCGUGUAUCCAACGCAUCUACAAUAGAUACUUCCUAUGGUACUAUUGUUUGGAAAAACAGAUUAAACAUAAGUUUUGUUUCUUAUUAUGAUGUUCCAUUCAGUCUGAAAAUUGAUUUAAAUAACAUCAGUAUGGAGGAUAAUGGGACAUACGGAAUACUUCAUCUUGCUUUCUUUCCUGGUGGUAUCGCCUGUUUUGUCCUUUAUGUCAUGCGAACAAGAAUUAAGCCAAGUCAUAGUCAAGAAGAAAAUGACGCAGUCUAUGUGUUUGCACAUCCGCAAGCUUCACUGAUAAAGCGGCCGUUAACGAACGCAACUAUGAUAUGGUUAUUAGAUGGUAAAUCUAAAAAGGAAACAGCCAGUUUUAUACAAAAAAAUGGACUUAUUUGGAUACCUCGUGUUGGAAGAGGAAGGAAUGUUACCUACCGUGCAAUACAAGAUGAUGGAAGAAUCACUGAUGUGAAUACCACAAUAAAAGUUAGAUAUGGACCAAGCCAUCCGCUAAAAAUGGUGCCGAGUAAAACACACUACAAUAUGAUGAGUGGAGACACCAUGCCUGCUAUCAUAUGUACCUCUGAGUGUAAUCCACCAUGUAACAUUUCCUGGGGAGAACAUAGCAAAUACAACAUUCUGAAUAUAGGAGUCGUUACCACAGAAGAUACAGGGGAAUAUACAUGCACAGCAAAACGUUCUGAUGGCCGCAUUGUUGAGCAAACAGUCAGUGUUUACGUUUCUGAUAACUCAAAUUUCAUCAUAGCGAUUGCAUGUUUGGCUAGUGUGCAAGCAGUUAUGAUUCUUGUGAUUGGAUUGUGUACGUUUGUCAUUUACAAGAGAAAAGAUUCGUCAUGUUGUCAUGUCCAGUGCAAUUUCAAGAACAAAACUGAUAGCAGAGACGUCGCAUUGCAGUUAUCUUCCGUGCAAGGAUCUGAGAAUGCGGCCUAUGAAGAGCUGAAACAUGAAACAAGAAACAAUGUUGACAAUAUGUACAGUGAGACUAAUCUCUCUACAACAGAGGAUAGAGCUGUCGGUAUGACAUACGAGAACACGAAUUUUUCAGGAUAAACAAACACAAAAGAUAGAAUGUUUUAUUUUCGUCCAUCAAUCGUUUACACAGCGUUAUAUAUGUAUUCAAUUGUAGUAUUAAAAAGUAUAUAAUUGUAGUUUCAAAAUAACAUGUUGUAAUAAUAAAGUUCUAAUAAUGUAAAAAAAUAAAGGAUCGCAGAACAAACAGACAAUGUUUCAGGCUGUUAUUACAAAUAGACAUUUAAAUAGCAUAUAUUAAUUUAUUUCUCCAAGAUUGAUGAGAUAUAAUACCACACUUCUUUAAUAAAAGAGACAUUUUCUAUACAUGUAUAAAAAUGCAUGACAAAAGUUGAAUAUAAUACGUAGAUUAAAUGCGCUACAAGCAAUAUGUGAUUCAUAUUCUGAAUAUUGUCUAAUAUUGUUCCUUGGAGAUAUGAAUGCUGAAAGCAUGUCACUAAACUCGCAUCUAAUCAUAGCCUUAACAUUUCUUGGAAAAAAUGACUUGACGGUAACUUGCAAUUUCCAUUACCGUCCAUGAACAGGCUCAAUCAAACCUAGCCUACAACUUUUUACAAUUUUGCCGUGUUGGGUUUUCUUUAGGGAUUCUGUUUUUCUCUAUUUUUUGAUAUCUCUUGUACAUUUACCUUAUUGCAGUAGUAUUGCAGAGAAAAAACAGCGAUGGUUUGUCCCAGAUAUUGUAACCUAUUCUUCGGAAAUAUAAUAUCUCAAUGUAUUUAAUAAAGUUUAUAGAAACUGGUGUUUUUCCAUCAAAAGAGACAUGGAAAAUAUUAUGCAGAACAAAACUAAAUAUUUUUAAAACAGUAAAAGAAUGAUCCUUAGAAUGAUCAAGGAUGGUGACUUUUUGGGCUUUCUUUAGGUUUUCUGUUUUUUUCUGUAUUUUAUAGAUUUCGAUUUUUACAAACCAACAUAGGGAGAUCAUUUCUAUGGGAAUUUCAAAUAAAUCAACAAGCUUAGAAACAAAUAAACGCUGCUCAUAUUAGCCAAUUAUGGAUUAGCAAAUAUAAUAAUACAAACAUUACUUCAAUGUAUCUUGAUUGUGGAACACUGUGCUAUGGUGUCAUAAAACAUAUUGAAGAAGACAUUUUUCGUGAAGAAUUGUUUAAAAACUGGUUUAAUUUAUUUGGCAAAGAGGUUGUUUCAGAAAUGUUAUUUAGUGAUAGCGACACUAAGUUAAAGAAACGUUUAGGCAGACGUCCAUCAUUACAAAACAAGAAUGAUCAUAAACAUAUUUUUUAAGAAUAGCAAUCGUAUUACAAAUGCACGAA